UCAACCCUCAGUUGUGAAAGGCAAAAUGGCAGCAUCCAUACCAGGCAUUGGAAGGAUUUUAUGCCGUGUGAGCCCUUUGCUUUUACAGAAUAUUCGGCAGAAUAAGAGGUUACCUGUCAGGCUUUGGACACAGGCUGUGUUUCCAGGUGUGCAGUCCAGCCUCUCUCUAUGCACUGCAGCCUCAUCUGAGAUCCACAGUGAUGCCGCUGAGGCAGUGGAGGCUCUUGCCCGCUACAAGGACAAACCAUGGGACUACCUGGAGAGCGAAGAGUACAUAGAGCUCUAUGGAACCAGUCCAGUGUGGUCUGACUACAGGAGGAACCACAAAGGAGGGAUUCCCCCUCAGAAGACACGCAAGACUUGCAUUAGAGGAGACAAGAUAUGUGGGAACCCCUGUCCAAUCUGUCGAGACUCCAACGUCAUCAUCCACUAUCAGAAUGUGAAGCUACUGCAACAGUUCAUCAGUCCAAAUACAGGCAUUGUGUAUGACCCCACACGGACAGGAGUGUGUCAGAAACAGCAAAAGCAACUCAAUCAGGCAAUUGGCGCUGCAAGAGACCAUGGGCUGCUACCCUUCCAGGUUCCUCAUGUGGACUUCUCAGGAGAGGACUACUCCAACUGCCAUGACGCAGUGGGCUCAACCCCUCCUCCCCCCACCAUGACCUCUGGUGACCCUUGGUACCGGUGGUACCACACCAUACAGCCAGACGAGACUGAAGUGGCUAAAGUCAAGAAGACCUAUAAGGCCUAUUUGAAAUAGAUGCGAUAGACCUACAAGGUCUAUCUGAAAUUGAUGAGGGUGUAUCAGAGGAAAUAUGGUGAAAGUAUGAGGAUUUAAUUAGGUGUUUCUGGACAUAGUAGAGCACAUUUGUUCAUAUAACGCCUCAAAUUAGUGUCAAAAUAAUCUGAUUGGUUUUGCAUGAUUGUUAGACAGUGUUUGUUUUUGGACCUUAAGCUAAAUUGCCUUUCAUAUUUCUUGUCUUACGAAAACAAUUGCUAAAACACAUCAAAGAUUAAUUCCAGCCCCUUCUCCUCCCAGGCUACAAUAUCAGCUCAUGUACAGUACAUGCUACUAUAUGGACCAUCCAUGAGAAAUCUGUCUAAUAAUCUGUUAUACAGUACCAUUCAAAAGUUUGGACACACCUACUCAUUCAAGGGUUUUUCUUUAUUUUUUACUAUUUUUUACA